UUUGAAAUUGAUCUAUAUAUCAAGAGGUUGAAAGUUAUAUUUGUAUAACUAUUUUUUAUACAAAAUUUUAUUUUAAAACAUUCUCAAAAUCUACCUGACCAAUCGAAUUUAAAUUCAUAGGGCUUCUGUUAAAUGUAGAAUCCUUUUAUAUUCCUUUGUAUCAUUUCAAUAGGACGGUUUGCUUAAAAGUUUUAAGAUAUUGAAACACAUACAUACACGCGCAGAAAUCCAUCUGGAAAUCAUCAGGAUAGCUUCUUAGGACUUAAAAACGUCAAAAUUUGAUAAAAACUCAAUUUUCGAAAAUCGGACUGAAAUCAUUAACUUCCCGAAUUUUCAUUGCGGGAAGUUAAAAAUUGUCUUAGGAUUUAAAUAUUAUCCAACCAUUGACAAAAUUGGUUGUUUCUAUUUAAUACCGGUCUCUUUGCGUAACGUCUUCAGAACAUAGAAAAAAAAAUUAUGGUUCUUCUAUCCAUGAUAUUAUAGUAAAACAUGUGUAGUAGCGAGUACUCGAUAUGUGCUAAAGGGCACUACAUAAAUAGUACUGAUUUUACUAUACGUGUGGUUCAGGUUAUUCCAAGAUAUAUAAGAUGCUAUGAACGUCGAGCUCACGGUUGUCCUGCUCGGGGAAAAAUAACAAAUGAUGAACUUGAUUUAUCGAUCGUUCAUAACCAUGUAAGAAAUCCUCAGUUGCAGAAAUAUUGCAUCUUUCAAGAUGCAUUGUUUAUUGCGGCAACGGCACGCCCUUAUAGAUCCCUGAAAGUUAUAUUUGACCAUUUGAGUGUGCAAAAUCAUGAAGCAGCGUCACAAUUCACAUGGCGGAAAAUGCAGCCGCUUAUGGAAAGUUGGCGCCGCAGUGACCGACCACCUCGUCCACCGAUUCCAAGCAAUCUACAACAGUUUGCCGAUUUUUUAAACAUGCCACGGUGGGUCUAUAAUUAA